CCGUCGGUGGGUAUAAAAAGUAUUUUCACUGGUUGUAGCCAGUCAUUGCUCACUCAGCACUCAAGCCCCGAAAUCAUCCGCAAAAAUGAAGCUCAAAGCUGUCAGCAUCCUCUUGCUCUUCGCACUCUUGGGUGUUUCCUGCAUCCAGGCCGUUGUGGUCGGCCCCCAACAGUUGCACAACAACAACAAGAACGGCUAUCGCUAUAACGGUCCCGCCCACAAGUAUCUGCCAUCGGAGGAGCCGCACUCGCAAGGCAGCAACUCGGAUUCGGACUCGGAAUCGGGCCACGGUCAUCGUCAGCAGGGCUUCAAUGGUCCGAAUAGCUCACAGUACUACGAGGGACAGCAGCAACAUGGCCAGGAACAGCAGCAACAUGGCCAGGAGCAGCACCAACAUGGUCAAGGACAGCAGCAAUAUCUCCCGGGACAGCAACAACAUCGCCCUCAGCAGGAGGAGGAGGACUCUUGGCAAUCGGUUUUCUCCCCGCAGCAGCACCACCAUGGCUUGGGAAACAACCAGCCACAUCAUCAGGGUCCUGGACACCAGGCAUAUAGUGAGGGCUUGGGCCAUGAGCAACAUCGCCAACAGGCUUCCAAACAGGGCUACCAGGGCUACCAGGGCUACCAGGGCCAUCAGCUCAACGAACACUCUUACGAAUCACCCCACCAGCAACAUCAGCAGCAGCGAAAGGAGUCCUGGAGCUCAAUUCAAGGCCAGCAGUCAGAGCUAUAUGCACCCCAGGGAGGCGAGUCCUGGCAAUCUUCGCAGGGUCAUAGCUUCCAGCCACAACAACACCAACAAUACAGUCAACAGCAACACCAGCAGCUCCAGCAGCAUCACAAUCGCUAUGAUCAACAGCAGCUGCCUCUGCGCGGUGACCUGUGGCAGCCCAUCCGUGAACUUGACCUCGAGAAACUCCCCUCGGCCGAGGCCCAGGCCAAUAGCCACAAGACGAUCGCUGCUCCCGGACGAGAUGUAAAACUAGUGCCGAGUUACACGCUUUCCAGCGAUUUUGAGCACGAUCGGUUCAUUGGAUUGGAUGCCCAGGACACUCGUCUGCUAACCCAAUCUCUGCCAGAUGCCUACCGGAAGCAGCUUUUCUCCUCGCCCUCGGGUCCCUCCUCUGUGGGGCAGCGACAGCAUGAGCAGCAGCUGGGUGGAUACCAAGCUUUUGGUGGUUCCCAAGAAGGUGCCAUUGGUGCUUCCCACGGAGGUUACCUCGGAGGUUCCCGUGGUGGGUCCUCCCCCAACUUUCUGCAAAUGCAGUCCCACUCGUACCAGCUGCCUUCCACCCACAGCACACUCAGGGAAUGGCCACAGGACGAGCAGCAGCAGCAGCAUGGAUCUCAGCAGAAGGCCACCGGCAAUCGUCAGUACUCGGCUAGUGCCUAUGCCGUCUCCCCACCUUAUCUGCACUCCUCUGAGCCCUCCCAGCCGUCCAAAAACAGCUUGACCCAUCCUAGCCGUGAGUUCCAGCCGCCCUACUACUAAUUCCAUUUCCAUUCCAUGGUGGAACCUCCACCUUAAAAUCCUGGACCCUCUUCUCAAACACCCUAUUCAACAUUCGCCUUUCUCAGGAAAAGCAUUUGGCCCGAAAAGCGAAACUAUUUUUAUAAGAACUGUAUAGAUGAAUACAUUUUCAAUUUUUUUUAUUUAAUAAAGAAUGCAUUGAUGAACAUAA